AUGUCGUUCAGUGAAAUGAACCGCAGGACGCUGGCGUUCCGAGGAGGCGGGUUGGUCACCGCCAGCGGCGGCGGCGGCUCCGCGAACAAUAACGUUGGCGGGGAGGCCUCGGCUUGGCCCCAGCAGCCCCAGCCAAGACAGCCCCCGCCGCCAGCGCCGCAGCCGCUCAAUGGGCGGGGGGCCGACGAGGAAGUGGAAUUGGAGGGCCUGGAGACCCAAGACCUGGAGGCCUCCGCCGAGGAAACCAAGGAGUUGCUGCUCCCCCAAGACGCGGGCGGCCCCACCUCGCUGGGCGGCGGUGGCGCCGGGGGCCCCCUGCUAGCGGAAAGGAACCGUCGGACUCUGGCCUUUCGAGGCGGCGGCGGCGGCGGGGGGCUCGGCAACAAUGGCAGUAGCCGCGGCCGCCCCGAGACCUCGGCGUGGCCCCUGAGGCAUUUCAAUGGGCGAGGGCCGGCGGCCGUGGAGCUGGAGCUGGACGCGCUGGAGGGGAAGGAGUUGAUGCCGGACGGCGCGUCCCUGAGCGACAGCACUGAAGACGAAGAGGAGGGGGCGAGCCUGGGCGACGGCAGCGGGGCGGAAGGAGGCAGCUGCGGCAGCAGCAGGCGGUCGGGCGGCGAUGGCGGGGACGAAGCGGAGGGCAGCGGUGUGGGAGCUGGAGAAGGAGAGACUGUCCAGCACUUCCCGCUCGCGCGGCCCAAGUCCCUAAUGCAGAAGCUCCACUGCUCCUUCCAGACCUCCUGGCUCAAAGAUUUUCCCUGGCUGCGCUAUUCCAAGGAUACUGGCCUUAUGUCUUGCGGCUGGUGCCAAAAGCCCCCCGAGGACGGAGGAAGCGGGGAUCUGCCCCCAGUGGGGCACGACGAGCUUUCGCGAGGGACCCGCAACUACAAGAAAACCCUCCUUCUGAGGCACCACGUCUCUACCGAGCACAAACUCCACGAAGCCAACGCCCAGGAGUCAGAAAUACCAUCAGAGGAGGGAUACUGUGACUUUAAUAGCAGGCCAAAUGAGAACUCUUAUUGCUAUCAACUUCUUCGACAACUAAAUGAACAGAGGAAGAAAGGUAUUCUUUGUGAUGUCAGCAUCGUGGUGAGCGGAAAAAUCUUUAAAGCUCAUAAGAACAUCCUGGUUGCAGGCAGCCGUUUCUUUAAGACAUUAUAUUGCUUUUCAAACAAAGAAAGCCCUAACCAAAACAAUACUACCCAUUUAGAUAUUGCUGCAGUUCAAGGUUUUUCAGUCAUCUUGGACUUCUUAUAUUCUGGUAACCUGGUGCUCACAAGCCAAAAUGCCAUUGAAGUAAUGACAGUGGCCAGCUAUCUUCAAAUGAGUGAAGUUGUUCAAACUUGCCGAAAUUUCAUUAAAGAUGCCUUAAAUAUAAGCAUUAAAUCAGAAGCUCCAGAGUCUGUAGUUGUGGACUAUAAUAAUAGAAAACCAGUUAACAGAGAUGGCCUGUCUUCAUCACGGGAUCAAAAAAUUGCCAGUUUUUGGGCAACACGAAAUCUUACCAAUUUGGCAAGUAACGUAAAAAUUGAAAAUGAUGGUUGUAAUGUCGACGAGGGCCAAAUAGAAAACUACCAAACGAAUGACAGUAGUUGGGUCCAGGAUGGUUCACCUGAAUUGACAGAAAAUGAGUCUCAAGGCCAAACAAAAGUGUUCAUUUGGAAUAAUAUGGGCUCCCAGGGGAUUCAAGAGACUGGCAAAACAAGGAGAAAAACCCAAGCUACAAAGAGAUUUGUUUAUAACAUACCACCUAAUAAUGAAACAAAUUUAGAAGAUUGCUCGGUGAUGCAGCCACCUGUUGCCUAUCCAGAGGAAGAUUUGUCAUUCAUCAAGGAAGAACCAGAUCUGGAUGGUGCUCUGCUCUCAGGGCCAGAUUGUGAUAGGAAUGUCAGUGCAAAUUUAUUGACUGAAGCCAGCUCUGGUCAAGAAGGAGGUGAUGCUGGUCCUUCACAUGAUUUCAAGUAUGGCCUGAUGCCUGGCCCUUCUAGCGAUUUCAAGUAUGGAUUGAUACCAGGUACUUCAAACGAUUACAAGUAUGGAUUGAUACCAGGUGCUUCUAACGAUUUCAAGUAUGGAUUAUUGCCUGAAUCUUGGCCAAAACAAGAAACUUGGGAAAAUGGUGAAUCAUCUCUAAUCAUGAACAAGUUAAAAUGCCCUCAUUGUAGCUAUGUAGCCAAAUACAGACGAACACUAAAAAGGCAUUUGCUCAUUCAUACGGGAGUCAGAUCAUUUAGCUGUGAUAUUUGUGGAAAACUGUUUACUCGAAGAGAACAUGUAAAAAGACAUUCCCUGGUGCAUAAAAAGGAUAAAAAAUACAAAUGUAUGGUGUGUAAGAAGAUCUUCAUGUUAGCAGCCAGUGUUGGAAUAAGACAUGGAUCUCGGCGCUAUGGUGUUUGUGUAGACUGUGCAGAUAAGUCACAACCAGGAGGACAAGAAGGUGUAGAUCAGGGACAGGAUACAGAUUUCCCUCGGGAUGAAGAAUAUGAGGGGAAUGGUGGAGGAGAAGCUGAUGAAGAGCUGGUUGAUGAUGGAGAAGAUCAGAAUGAUGCAUCUCGAUGGGAUGAAUCAGGAGAUGUUUGUAUGUCUCUUGAUGACUAACUGACCUACUAUACUCCUCAAGGAUGCUGCAUUUGGACAUAAUAUGAAUCAACAAUUUGGAUUGUUGAACUUGAAGGCUUGCAAAAUAUGGUACAUGCUGGAUGGUAGUUACAUUGCUGUGAAAACUGUAGGGUCAAAGCCUUAUAGCAAAAAAAAAUUUUUUUUUAUAUUUGCACAGGACUGUACAGCAAACAACCUUGUGGGUGAAUCACAUGGAGUUCACACAUCUUCAGUCAGUUAUCAGAGUAAAAGUAUUUUUUAUUUAUAGGGUAUACAGUAAGUAUUUGGAUCCUCUGAAAAUAUAGUACCUGUCCUUUUUAAAAAGCUUACAUUCAUGUGCCACUUUAACAUGAAUGAAGAAAAUUCGUUUAUUAAGAGUACAGUGACAGCUGACCUAAUUACUCUGUCCAUCAAACCACUCAGGCUAGUUUGUACUAGUAGAGUUUUGUUUCUAUUUUUAUUUUUAUUAAUUUUAUUUUUUUUAAUACAGAUUUUCAGUGAGGGGCCUUUUCAACCCCAUUGGUUCUACUUUUCUGUAUUUUUCACUUUAUUUUGCUUCAUAACUUAAACCAAGUCUCUUCUAGUCUUAGGUAUUAUUUCUCAAUUUUGUGCUGAUGGGCAUGUUUAUAAGAACUGGAGAGGUAAUUUAUUGGAAUGAACUAACUGACUUCCUCCAUUCCCCCUUUCCUUUCUGACAUGAAUUUUACUACUUUACAAAUGAAGAAUGAUGUUGCAAAGUACCAUGGCGAGGUUGACAAAUACCACUAAAAUGAUUAUGAUUUAAAAGUAACUUUCUUCUGCUGCUCUAAUCUGAUACUAUAUGACGUUUUCUGACAAGGCAUUUGGUUUUGGGUAUCUGUUACUUUGGCACUACUCCUGUUUGCUUCUUUUUAUUUUUGCCAGUGUACUAUACCUCAGUCCUAUUUCAAAAGACAGAAGUCUAAUUGAAAGAAAAGUCAUAGAAAUAAUAAGUAAAAUGAUUUGUUUUAUAAUUUAUCCUCCAUGUCCAGUUUGGUUAGCUUGUUAUGCAAUAUAAGUGAAAUAUCAGGUUUUUACUCCUGUGCCCUUUUAUCAUUAAAAUGAACACAAAAAGUGCGUUCUCUUUUGUUUCAUACUUAUGGGGUAUUCAGGGUUUGAAAUUAUGAUAGAUAACUAAUUUAUUUUUCAAUUCCUUGAAAUCACUACAUCUUGAUAUAUAUAUAUAUAGUCUUCUUAGUAGUCACCAUGAUUCAACAAAUCUGAAAAAGUCUUAGAAAUAAAAUAUUACGAGGCUUUACAAUUUAUUAUUCUGUUCACUAAAUUCUUCAGGAUACAAGGGAUGAUGUAUUAAGUUGAAAUCACCAGAUUUAUUUAGUCUGACAGAUGAAUUAACUGAUUGACUCACAGCAGCAUUUCACAUAAUUGAUAUGAAUAUGCACAAUGUUUAUCAGGAACAUACUGUAUAUUAUAUAAGAUUGAGGGAUAUCAUAUUUUCAGCUUUCUUUUAAAUAGAAAUUGAGUAUAUUUUCCUAUUUUAUAUCAGGUAACUAAAUUAUGCUAGUCGUCUGGAAAAAGUACACUUUGACAGACAUAAUCCUUUUGGUGCUCUAUCUGAUCAAAGUUGAAAAGACUGGGUUUUUUAAGAGACUUUCUUACUGUCUCUGAUUUCAGUAGAAAGAUGGUUUAACAUUAGACAUUGAUGCUUCUGCUUGGAUAAAUCAAAGAUAGAGUACAGUUACAUGAUGAGAUGCAUCAUUUGUCACCUAUACUUUAUCAUAGUUUCUAUAAAACUGAAAAACUGACAUGAAUAGUUUUGGUUUGGUUUUUGUUUAAGACUGAAGAGUACAUCUUUUUCUCAGUGUUCUGGACAAAUGAGUAAAAUGUAAUUCUGGUGGGGUCCAAAGUAGACGUUAGUUGGGCAAAGAUACUAUGAAUGGAAAAGUAUUUUAAACGUAAAAUGUUCUGCUUUGUGAAUAUGUAAGUAUAGUAUAAAGAUUUCUUUCAUCCCAUUUAUCCCUCUCCUUUAAAAUAAACCAUAGUUUACAAUUGGUAGAUCUGUCUAUAUAUAAAUAUAUAUUAAAGAGAAAAGAUAUAUAUCUGAAAAUCACCUAAGUCUGCUUUAUUAGACUACAGUUCACUUAUUGCAUAGAAACUGGACUUGGCUUUACAUUCUUAAUGUACUUUUACUUUUCCUUAAGAUAUGAACUUAACUCUCUUUAAACUGAAUUUUCUUUACUACUUAAAUUGUUUAUGUAUAUCUGGUAAAUUAUGACCAAAUUUUUGUUAGAUUGCAUACAGUAAAUUGAAAAUACACACUUGGUACACUACGGAUUGUUGUGCUUUUGUUUUGGUUUUAGUUGGAAACAAGGUUUGAUGUAGAUGGCUUGUUACUGUUAAUUUAAAAUAUUCUAUAAUUAUUGUCCAUUACCUUCUGUGUUGUGUUGUGACAGAUUUGGCUAUAUUUUUAGUCAACUGAAAUAAUGAUACUUUAAGAAUUUGAUUUUAGAAAGGUAAUCCAAAGGAAAAAUGUUUAUACUCUUGAAUAUAUUAGCCUCAGCCUAUAUAAAAAUUUCUUCUUUUAAAGUAAACAUUUUACCAGAAACAGAAUUGACAGAUUUUUCUACUUGCUGACUGCCUAACUUAUUUUGUUUCGUGAUCUUGAAGGGACUGCCUUUUCCCUUCUAGGUCUUUUUUAAAAAAAAUAGUUUAGUACUAAGGUAUACUACUGGAUGUUUCUAUUUUUUUAAGUAUAUUCUUUUUCUGACUUACAGUACAAUUUCAGGAAGUUGAUAGAUACUAAGAACUCAUGAUUGGUCUCAGAGAAGUAACAGUGGAAUACUCAUAAUUUUGUCUGUGGUGCCCUGGCGGAAUUAUGUGUUACACACUUGCUGAAUUUUUCUCUUGUAACUUAUAUUUUAAAUGAAAAAUAUUUUAGAUCUUUUAUUUAAUGAAGGGGGAGAGUAUAAACUGUUGAUUUCCUAUUCAUUUUGUAGUAACAGACCCUCAUAUAAAUCAAGAUAUCAUGUAUUAUUUCUUAGGAAUUUCAGAGGCAGUUAUUUCCAUACAGCCCCGGCUUUUUCAUUGUUAUUGGCCCUUAUUUUUCACAUUCACUAGAUAUUUUGCUAAAUUUCAGCACCCUCGUAAUUAAGAGCUAAAAAAGAAAAGCAUUAUAAGGGAAAGCAGAACAGUAAUGAAUAGUUUUGAAAUUUGGGGGAAAGCAUGAGCUGGUUUUUUGGUAGAGCCAUCCUGCUGAAGAAAAGAUGAAGAAGUCUAUUCAUAUAUGUAAAGCACUUAGAACACUGCCAGGUGCAUAAUAGUGACAUGACACAUCUUAGUUGUUUAAAUAAUACAUGGGAACCAAGGGGGAAAGGGGUGGAGGAAUAGAGAAUGGGAAUGAAAAAAUUGGGACUUAGAAAUUUGUAUUAAUACAAUGUUUUAUAAAAGGCCUGAGGAUGACUAGUAUAAUAUUGGGGAAAGUCUGAUGGAAGAAGGGUCUUAAAAACCAUAAAAUUUAAAACCAGUAAGCUUUAUUUACAUUUUUAGGGUGUUGUCAGCAUAGGAUGAAAGUUAUUUUUCUGAAUAAUUCCAAAAGCUAGCUUGUUUUUAGUGCCUGCACAUGCCAUUGCGCUUUACCUUAUCAAAUCCCCUAUAAGUAGGUGCUAUUGUCUCCAUUUUAUAGACAAGGAAAGGCUCCAUGAAAUUGCCUAAUUGAACUAAUGUAACAGUCACUACAAGGUAGAGCUGGGUUUUGACCAGGUCUGAUUCUGAAGCCCAUGCUCUUUUUAGGGGGCUCUCUUGCCCCUACUUCUGUAGGAUUUUAGCUCUUUAAAGUGGUCUGUCUAUGGAGACAUAUUUUCCGUAUAAAACAGCUAUGUUAGGAAUUUGAGUGUCUGUCUAAUCCCUCCUCCCCCAAAUGUCCUUAACUACUCUUGCCUCUUAAUACAGCAAUUGUUAUACCACAUGACUGUAAACAAGAUACCUUUCAGUGUAGCCCGUGCUAUUAAUUGGCUGUAGCAUUUUCAUUUUAAAAGGAUGAUUUGUAACUGAAGAAUUAGACAUGAAUCCCAGUUUUUGUGCCGUUCAGUCACCCAGAUCCUUAAACUUAACUAUGGUACAUAAUAUACAUGCUUAGAACUAACAGGUAUUUUUUCUUAGUCACUUUAGGAUUUUAAAUGGAAACGUUUUUUUUCCCUGCUGUAUCCCUACUUUCAAGUGAAGUUGAGCCAUUCAAGGUAUUUAGUUUAAAAUGUUUUAGGGAUAAGCACAUUUUAAAAGAUGUUUUGUAGCCCUGAAUUUUAUGACAUUGGGUACUUAAAAUUUGUGGAGUAUGCUGCCUAUUAAGAACAAAGUUGGAUUAAGGAGAGGGUUGGUUGAGGCCAUUAUGAGAUGGGAGAAUCAGCAUUUUAAAAACACUGUAAACAAAAGAACACUUUCUGCCUGCUGUUUGUAAAAGCUCUUUGGGAAGAUCUUUUACGAAGACCAAUUUUUAAUGUAAUUUACCUACCUAGUAUAAGUGUCCUAAGACAUGUAUGUAAACUUCCACAAUGUUUUUUGUUUUUGUUUUUUUUUUGGUCUGUGUAUUUAGAAAAUACACAAGAAUCUUUAUCAAACCUAAAAAUAUAAACUUGUGAGCACUGAA